AUGGCAGCUCGGGAAGCCUUCGUGACCCUGGCCACCACCGAGUCCUACUGCAAGGGCGCCACGGUGGUGGGGAAGAGCCUGCGGCGCCACGGCACCACCAGGGAGACCGUCGUCAUGGUGACGCCCAACAUCUCCGAGGCCACCAGGACGUCGCUGUGGCGGGCAUUUGACCGCGUGGUGCUGGUGGACGCCCUGGACAGCGGAGACGGCGUCCGCCUGGCGCUGCUGGGACGCCCCGAGCUCGGCGUCACCUUCACCAAGAUCCACUGCUGGACGCUGACCGAGUACAGCAAGGGCGUGUUCCUGGACGCCGACACGCUGGUACUGUGUAACGUGGACGAGCUGUUCGACAGGGAGGAGCUGUCGGCAGCGCCCGACCCCGGCUGGCCCGACUGCUUCAACUCGGGCGUCUUCGUGUUCCGGCCGUCGCUGGAGACGCACGGCCGGCUGGUGGAGCACGCCCUGCGGCAAGGCAGCUUCGACGGCGGCGAUCAGGGUCUGCUGAACUCCUUCUUCAGCCGCUGGUCAGUGGAAAACAUCGACAGACACCUCCCGUUCGUCUACAACCUGAGCAGCAGCUCCCUCUACAGCUACCGGCCGGCCUUCACACGGUUUGGCCACGACGCCAAGAUCGUCCACUUCCUGGGUUCGGUGAAGCCGUGGAACCAGAGCCGGGGCGGCAGUGGGUCGGACUUCCUGUCUCUGUGGUGGGACGAGUACCAGAGGGAGGCGGGGCGGAGUCAGGAACCGGCAGCAGCAGCGGCGGUGGAGGCGGCGAGCUGCACGCCGGAAAAACCACAGCAGGUUCCACAGACGGCGUUCAGGGAGAACCUGGACAGCUCCCACUCUCUGCUCGCACGCUUCUCCGCCCCCGCUGAAGAUCCGGCGCCCGAAGUCAAGGAGGUCGGACCAGGAAGUGAUGGGACGUUCCAGGUUCCCCACGCGGAGGACAACAGGGAGGAGGAGUCACCGAGCAUCGAUCAGAACCCUGUCACCGUCGCCACGGAAACCGCCGCCCCCGUCGUCACGGACCCCGACCCGGAGUCUCUGGCCCGCCGCAGCAGGUGGGAGUCAGGCCAGGUGGACUACCUCGGCCGGGACGCCUUCAAGAACAUCCAGGCCAUGCUGGACCGCUUCCUGGGGGACAGGAAGUGA